AUGCAUUCUGAACAUGUCCAUAAGUCUGAAGAAUUUUUUAAAAGAAAAUUAGAAGAGUUUGAUAACCAAACGAAAUCGUUAAAAAAACUUGUUUCUGUCUCUUCAAAUGCUUUACUAGCAUCUUACAAAGUUUCUUACAGGAUUGCAAAAUGCAAGAAACCGCACAAUAUCGGAGAAACUCUAGUUUUGCCAGCAGCUAUCGAUAUGGUUGAAGCAAUGUUUGGCGAAUCCUAUGCAAAACAAUUACAGCAAAUACCGCUUGCUGAUAACACAGUCGCUAGAAGAAUUGAUGACAUAUCUGAAGAUCUUUGUGAUCAGUUGGUUUCUCGACUACGUAACUGUAAAUUUGCUAUACAAGUUGAUGAGGGAGCUGACAUAAAUAAAAAUGCACAUUUAAUUGCAUAUGUCAGAUAUGCUGAAGAAAACGGAGCACAGUCAAUGUCAGGAAAUAAAUCUGGUCUUCAAGCUCUUGUAAAAAACAGAGCACCAGAAAUUAUCUGGACGCACUGCAUGCUGCACAGAUCAGCACUUGUCUCAAAGAAUAUGAGUCCAGAACUGAACGAUAUUUUUGCGCAAAUUACAAAAGUUAUAAACUACAUAAAACACAGUCCUUUAAGAGCUAAGUUUUUUGCAAAGCUGUGUGAAGAUAUGGAUUCAAAAUAUACAUCGCUUUUAUACUAUUGUGAGGUACGCUGGCUAUCUCGUGCAAAAGUGAUUAGAAGGGUGUUUGAACUCAAAGAUCAAGUUGCAGAUUUUCUUGAUGAAAAUGAUAUUGAAGAUGCAAAGUUGUUCAGGGAUGAUGACUUUAUUGUCAAAUUUGCCUAUUUAGUUGACAUUUUUGGGAAAUUGAGUAUAUUGAAUAAUCAAUGCAGGGACCACAACUACAUUUAUUCUCUCAAAAGGACAAAAUAA